AUGCCCGACGGAAACGAAUUGACUGAAAAACGAUUUCGAUGCUUCUGUGGAAUCUGCCACGUUGUGACCGGAACCCAAUUAUGUCUGAUUUGGUAUAUUCUCACAUCCGGAUUAUCACUUUUAUUCGGAAUGAGAUCCACGUGUACAUGGCUGGUCGUUCCAAUUUGUGUUGUUGGAUUGGGAAUGUACGCAUUUUAUUCGAAAAGACAUAAAUUCCUGUAUCCAUUUCUCAUUAUUACUGUCGUUCAACAGCUGGUUUGUAUGCUUAUGGCUACUAUUAUUACUAUAUUUUCACUGUGCAGCUUCGAUACGAUGAGACAGAUUAUUGGUCACACACUGGAUAUGGCCGAGCCGCCAUCCAAAACUCUUGCUCUUUUUGUUGUCUGCGGAACGGUUUCUGCUUGUAUUCUACUCUCAUUUAUACAUGUUUGGCAAGCAAUUAUAAUCUAUACAUGUCUCGAAUAUUACGAAGAUGAAUAUCGGAAGCUAGAAGAAGGUUACUGUGUCGAAACAUCUCGGUUAGAUGCAACUGAUUAUGAUGAUAGCAGGAGCAGAUGCACUCCAGAUCCACCUUAUCAACAGAGAGAACCAAGAUUUCCUCUUGUUUAA